AUGAAGAUGGAUACACGUGUAGACAAUGAAAAGUACGGCCUUGCGCCUAAUAGUCAGGUCUGGUGUGCAAACCAUCCGGUGCUGCGUCAUAAGCUUACGAAGCUGCGCGACGAGCGCACAGACAGCCGUAUCUUUCGUCAUUUGCUGCAAGAAGUCACUUUCUACCUCGGAUACGACGCAACAGAUGAUCUUGAGACGAUUCCCAAGAAAAUUAAGACUCCAAAGGGUGAUCAUGAAGGUGCUCAGUUGUCUACGUCGGUGGCACUAGUGCCAAUCCUUCGAGCUGGAUUGGGGAUGGUGGAACCGAUGCUAGACGUGCUACCAGAUGCUACAGUGCAUCACAUUGGCAUGUAUCGGAACAAACAAUCGCUGGUGCCUGUGCAGUACUACAAUAAGCUUCCGAAGGAGUGCAAUGUCGACGUUGCGAUCAUCUUGGAGCCUGUCAUUGCUACGGCUGGCACAAUCAUUGCGACGUUGGCAGUCUUGAAGACGUGGGGCGUCGAGAAGAUUAAGAUUGUGAGUACAAUUGCAUCGAAACAAGGUCUGCAGGAAGUGUGUGCCAAGAACCCGGACGUGGAGAUUUUCCUCGCCGCAAUUGACGAUGGACUUUCAGAGGAUGGCUACAUUUUGCCAGGUCUUGGCGACGCAGGCGACCGUGAGUUCCAGACUGGCACGCAAGUUGAAAAGGUUGAGAUUUUGACCAAGAAGCAGAAGUUGUAG